CCGUGUGCGAAGGUGGUAGUCGAAAUAAUUUGUCAGUUGAACUGGUAUUUCUGCAAAAAGUGGUUUCGACAAGAAAAUGGCUUUUAUAGUGAAAUUUCACUUACAUUUUCUAUGGUUACUAAUGCUGGCAGUUUCAGUGAUUGGUCAAACUAUACCAAGAUUCUGCAGAAGCUGUCCUCCUCCUGAUACAUCAAAUUGCAACCAUGCUAACAUUGGUGCAUAUCCGUGCCAAAACGAUACCGACAGUUGCUACGUGCGCAACCUAAACGGCCAGAUCGAUCGUGGUUGUCUGCAAGAGAUAUCGAUUGACUCAGAUCGCCAGCGCUGCCAGGACCCCAGUGAUCUAUCCUGUUUGGAAUGCUCCGCUAUGUCUUGCAACAGUGCGCUCUGGCCAACAUGCCACGUGUGUCAAGAAUCAACGGAUCCCAAUUGUCGCGGGGAGCAGUCGGGUGUUGGGACGUUCUGCGAACGAUACAACGCUCCAGGGAGUUGCUUCGAGCGGAUCGUCAACGGAAGUGUGGAGCGCGGAUGUCGGUCCGACGUGGUCGGGGAUCCGUGCGGCGGGAAUGAGCAUUGUCGGGUGUUUGAGGGAAGUGCCAGUAAUGGGCAUGAUGUGAGGGAAUUUCAGGUGACGAAAUGUGUUCAGUGUAGAGCGGAUGAUUUGGAUGUAGAUCGAAGCUGCUUGAGUGGGGGCAAAGGGCUGACGAAUUGUGUUGGGCCUUCCGAUGGGCGGUGUUACUCAAGGAUACUCGACGGUGGAAUUCUUGAACGAGGAUGUCAAGGAAACUUGACGUUGGAUGAAGUCCAACGAUGUAAUGGAACUAUGUGUGGAAUAUGCAUUGGGGAUGGCUGCAACUCGGGAAUCUUCCCUGAAGAUCGUUUAAGGUGCAAUGAGUGCAAUUCUGGAAAUACCUCAGAUUGCAACAUUGAGCUAACUGAUGCUUCAAAAUCUGUAAUUUGUAAGAUUUAUACCGAGGACAACAUGUGCUAUUCUGCAAUUUCGUCAAACCAAACCUUCGAGCGAGGUUGUCUUUCAGAUGUGAGCAACUCAAGUUGUAUCGAAGACGAUAAUUGCAUUCAGUGCGUGGGAAACAAUUGUAAUAGCAUCUCAGAGCAAACAAUCAUGAACUAUCCAAAGUGUUUGAGAUGUACAUCCGAGGAUGAUGGUUGCACGGAAGGAAAUAUAACGGCGUCCAAGUGUGACCAACCGGACGAUUCAUGCUUCAUGCGUGUUGAAGAUUCCGUGCUCGAAAGAAACUGUCUCUCAACGCUGAGUCCAACUGAUAGAACCAAAUGUACAACGGCAGAUGACAAAUCCUGUGUAGUCUGCCCUUCGAGAGGUUGCAACAGCCAACCUUGGCCAACCUGCCAUGUAUGUGAAGAAACUACCAACUCCACCUGUCCGGUGGAGCAAUCCCGUUCCGGAUCGUUCUGUAAAAACCAUAAAGAACAAGCCGAGUGUUUCGAACAACUUGUUCAGGGAAAUGUCCAACGAGGUUGCGUUUCUGACUUGAUUCCAGCGGUUGAUCCUUGUGUAAGCAACGGGAAGUGUAAAUCUUGCACUGGGAAUGAUUGCAACAAAGAGAGAAGUGACCGCUUCCAAAACGUAGCCUGUCUACAGUGUACAGCUGAUGGGAUGGAUUCCGAUGGAAGCUGCCUGCUGGGAACACAAGUUUCGCAAAGCUGUGAGGAUCGCUCAAACGGUGGAUGUUUCACUUGGAUCAACGAUGGUAGGUAUCAAGCUUGUUCAGCAAACCCACGUUAA